CAGGUUCAGUCGGACAAACAAUCAAUAAUCGCGCCACUUCAAGGUGCCUGGUUUCCGUUGCUUCAUCGGAGGAUAUUUGAAUCGCGCUGAUGAAAAUGAUGAAAUCGUGGCACUGUGGGAAGUUCUACAUUUCUGGAAGUUUCUGGUGCUUCAGCUUCACACUCGAAGACUUGAGACUGGAAGAUAAGGUGGCUAAGAGAUUGACAAGCUUUAACUUGUAAACAGAAAAUCCUAUUCAAGCAUCUCCAAGGCAGAUUCAACAGAUUCGCCGUGGUCAUUAGCUGGCAGCUGGACAGCAAGGAUUUGGUCGAGUUGGAUUGGUUGUGCUACAACACUUGCACUUUGGCUUCACUCGAACUGUCGAGAGCGAGACAGAAAAGAUGAGAAAAGCAGAUUUGCCGAUCGUCCCAAUUUGCUUUUGAACCUCGGCUCUCCCGGCCGUUGGGACCAGCAUUCUUUGUGAGCACAUGCUUCCAGCAUGGAGAAAGGCAAGAUCCAGUCAGGAUGGAUAUCCUGUUUUCAGGACAUUAGACAGUGACUAGACGCUAUUGUGUCUAAGUGAUACUCUUACUCCUUAGCUAAUUUGACCUUGCGGGACCCACUAUAUAAGCAAUUCUAAGCACUCAUCUUGUGGGCAACCGUAGGCUGCAAACGUAGUUCUAUCCCGGCGAAACCUGCAAGCCAGGUAGAUGAGCAGAGUCAGAGAUGAGUUCCAAGGGUGUAGUCGCUGGCCGUGUUUGUUGCUGUCGCUCCAAAGCUCCACGGGCUGCCAAUCAUCGCUCCAAGAUAUUUAUUCACUUGGGCUAGUCUUUGUUCAUUGCAUUGCACUACCAUCGAAAAGAUGGAAGCACGGCCCAAGGAUCAGCCAGCAUCCGGCUCAGCAAUUUUGAGUCACCCUAGGCUGCUUCCAUUGAUGCGUGAAGUGUGUCGUAGGGAUCCUGGCAACAACAAUGAAGCACACACGAACCGAAGCCAUGCAUUGAGCUUAGGGGUUCCGAGUUUCCUCGACUGUGUCAUUCUCGUCGCAUUGUUUUAGUUUCCCGCUUGCUUGGCCGAACGGAGCAACCUGCCACACAGGCAACGUAUCCCAUGCAUACAGUGUGUUUUUUGUCGUCCAAAAUUAGCACUGACCGAGGCAUCACUCACCUUCGCUCGGGCAGGCAUUUUGUCAGCCGUUGCCGUUAGAUUGACCAGCUUGAUGUGUGAAAUGCUGAGGACUCGGAGUGCUUUGCAGCAUUUGGAGUUGGUUCUUGAGAGAUGAGGUAUUGGAAGAUGAGUCUUCACAGUCACCUUCUGCCCUUUCGGUACUUUUGCUGGAGUGCAUGCUGUCAUGUGCGCUCUUCCUUCAUUUCUUGAAAGAGGUGACUUAACAUGGAUAAGAAAUCAAAAAGCCAGUGACGAGUUUCUUUGGUAGCUUGUAUCCAUUCUUCUGUUUGCUUCUGAAUCAAUCGGAGACGGAGAGCGAGAGAGGGCAGAAAGACAUCUAUUCAUAUGGGAAAUAGGCUCCCUCGCCACCUCUCACGCUUGAGUUCGGGCGCUUCCGCAGAUGACGGGAAUUAAGUAUACAGAAGAUUAAAGAAGCUCUUACUUGAAAAAGUCUCGGUUGCAAGCGUUGAGACACUUCCUCGUUGCCUUUCUUGAUCAAUGUAGUUGGUGUUGCACAAGGACCAACCACAGUGGUAGAGGCAAGCAAAUGAUAUUACUCAACAAUACCUGGAAGAAGUUCGAAAUUGCAAGUCGCGCAAGCAGUAAGAGGGAACAUGUUCUGCAACAUCGCCUUGAAGCCCCGCACCCUCAAAGGCAGGCUAUUGGUUGGCAAAAGGCAUCGUGCAAAUACAAAAGCUCAAACAGAAACAAUCAUGCGCGCGUUACAAAAAUGCACAAAGUGCUUCACAGUUUCAGCAGCUGUAAUCCAUCUCGUGUUUGAAACGGUGUGUCUUUUCACUUUUGACCACUCAAAUUGCCCUUUUUCGAACUCUCACAUUUUAUGUGUCUUGAAGCGGCAAGCAUCAACUGGAAGCAAAUGAUGCACGUGUCCUCUCAAGGAAGUUGUGUGGUACUCUCCAAGUGCACAAUCUCUCAACGCAAACGGAGGCGGAAUUCUGCAGAUUUCUUUGCCGUGAUUCUGGAGUCCAGUUGUCAGGCUGUUAGGCACUACUUGUUUGUACGCAAGAGAACGCGGAGCCUGGAGUUUUGAAAUGUACGGAUACCAUAUAUCAUUGAGACGGAUUUAUUUGUGUGACAUGAAGACCGACCACAAGAAAUCAAAGAGUUCUAUUGGCUCGAUUGAAGUUCUGAAAUCGGCUUCGUCCCAAUGAAAAGGGCGUCCCCACCAAUUGAGGCUGCUGAAGCGGUGGCAAAGCAUUGCACUUCCUUCUAUCUAUCUCUUCAAUUUGUGCGAUCCUUGGUAUUUCGACUGUCGAAGACAUUUUGCGUUCCUCCAAAGGUGAUGAGUGUCACCAUGCGCACGUCACAUUUUGCAUGUGUGUGUCACCUUUGGCAGCACGGCCCAGCACUGCCCAAACAACAUCAAUUCCUUGCUUGAAGAUGGGCACUAAUGGCGUUUGCUCAAACACUUUGUGAAAAAACGUUGGCCACUGAGACCCUUGAUUCAUUAAAAUCUCACAUUUGAACCGUUCUAGGUCCAACAAUCUAGCAGGGGUUCCCAAAUCCGGUACGAAGGUACGAAAUGUCACGUCAUUUGCCUGAUACCUUGGCGAAAUCCGCCAGGGCAAUUUUGUCGAAGAUCAGGUUGAAAAGUACUGUCGCAGUGACGACGUUUGAUUUAGCCAAGAGGCGCAUAUUUCAGCCCAUCUUCAAGUCUCCUCUUCAACAGUGCAAUCGAAGGUAUCAUGAAAAGUAUCACAACAAAAGAUUGAGAAAUUCCAAUAUUCCGAUUCGUUCAAAUCUCAGGCCUUUGGCCUGUGUGCCAGCUUGUGCGUUGUGCGUCAAAGCUCAUUAGCUCAUUCAAUCACGAGAUCAAUGCAUUCUAAAUUGCUGCGCAUUCCGUGUGUUGCAGCAGGGCUGACAAGAAUAUCUUUUGUUGCAUCUCUAGCCAGGCCACUUAGGAAGGUCCAGGGCUGCCACGCCAUUUUACUUCCAAUGAGGACAUCUCACUUGCUUCGCAUUCCUGUACCUCAUCAAUUGGCGUAGCCAGCCAGCCGACUUAUUGAGGUCAACCUUUGAGCCAGGCGGAGUGUAACUUUCGUGGGCUUGGCAGGCUCAAUUUCUUUUUGUGAGGCACGGGUGUCAUUUCAACAGUGCCACCCUUGAAGAGGGCGACCGUCGACCGGAAACCCACUCUGCAUUUGCGUUCCCCAGGCCUCUUGUGGAGAAGAUAGGUGCCGUUGUAUAAGAGGAAUUCAAGCGUAGCAAACCACAGGAAGAGGAAUUUCUCCAUUUGCAAUGGAGAACAAUACAAAGACUUGCUUGCUAUCGUUGUUUGAGCUCCCCCCAACUUCGGCACACGGCUAUACCAGCCAGCUGCCAAAUGUGAGACAUGGCAAGGCGCAUGCCGUAACAAAGUGGCAAGGACAAUGCAAGACACACCGCGUUACAAUCUGGGCAUGUUCAUCUAUUGAGUCAAAUGAGGGCAUGCAAAGAUGCACAAGGCUGAAAUUGGUCUCGCCACCUCGGGUUUUUGCAGCAGAUGAGCCAUUGCAUAUCGGACUCACGUUUCGUAUGUUCAAUUCAGCUUGGGUGGAAAAGCAUGCCGUCCGAGUCCUUCUUUGUUUGCAAUCCAGGAGUGCAGUAUUUGCUCGGUAGCUGUUAAGAGAUAUAUAAAGUCCGGUUUGUGACGUUCGGGGUGGCAACAAACCCAUAUCAUAUCAAGAACCAAUCUCUAUUGCGAGCUCAAUGCACUCCUUAGUGAGGGCACUUCCUCUUGAGUCGAGGCUUUUGGUCCUUUGGUUAAACGUUAUCAUUCCAAGUGUCAAGCACGCAAGCUGCCAUCAAGAAGCCUCCAAGAAACAUGAAUGUUAUUUGCAAGGCGCCCAUCGCUAAAAGGAAGAAACAAGGCAGAGGAAAAGAAAACCUCCGGUGAAACAGAUGUGAGAAAUUGGUGAGACGGAGAGAAGCACCCAAACCCUCAACCCCAUAAAGAAGGAAGAAGCUAGUAUCAGUGGAGGACGCAGCAGCAUUGCUUUCAGCCCACCGUUCUGAAGGCUGGUGUACUGCAGAGAAGAAAGUGGCGGUUCCCAUUUCAUUGUUCGCAGCCUCCGGAGGAGACCGCACAUCAGCUUCGCGAAAGUGUCGCAAAAUUGCCAUUUCCGCGAAAAAGAAUUUUGGGCGACUCCCACAUGGUAGUUCAUCAACAAAAGGUCAACAAAAGGCCUAGGUUCAUUGAGAGGCUUCUAUGCUGUUCGCAAAAGUUUUUUUGAGUUCGCGAAAGUAAAGAUUGUUUUGCGAUGUUUUAAGCGACAGAUCUGCGAAAGAGUGGUAUGUGAAAACAACCAAACCACGGAGAAUACCCUCUGCAAAAGUUAAACAUUGCGCGAAGAAUUGUGUUUCCGUAAGGAGGAGUUAGAUCAACCACCACAUAGUUUGCAAAGUGAAAGAAACCAACGUGUUGUUCGGUUAAUGCAGUUGAGACCGAUCAGCACAGCCAUCCCAGCUUGUGAUAGCGCAAUUCUUUGGGGUGCUGAAAGAAGCAUGACAAAAGGAUGAUAGAAGUGAGGAAAAGGAAGCACAUCCACGAAAAGGUUGAAAGCUGAAAGUUAGAGUUUAAGUCUGACCUCGAAUGCCUUGAGCUGUCAGUGUUUUGUCGACUAGACAUAGCUCUCAGACCUUUUUGGAAUGAGCACCAUAGAACUGCAAAGGCAUGAACCAAGUGGCAUCUAGUUUGCGUCGGAAGCUUCUGGAGGGUGACUCCAUGGAUUGACGCUGUGAACUGCUUAUCCUUCGAGUCAUGUCAGGUCUAAAGUGUUCAAAGAGAAAAGACACAAAGACAGAAAGACGCUUGUGUCUCAUGUUGUUACCAACAAAGUCAAUCAAAGUGCCUCUCAUACGCCGGUCCAAAAGCAGUGCUAUUUUGCUCCUUGGAAAUGAAGCUGUUGCUUUGAACCACUUGCUUCAAGUCUAAAGCCUGGCAGGCAUUGUUGAUAAAGCCUUCAGGGAUUCUCGUGACUCAUGUUGAUUGAAACCUACAGGCUCUUGCAGGCUACAGCCUUGAAUUUUGGAGGUCAAUACGAAUGCGACGCUGCCUUGCUCUCAUGCACUGGGCGUUGGUGUCGGUGCAUGAAAUAGUUCCUCACAGAUUCCCACCACGAUAAACAGGGAAAGAGUUGCGCUGAAGAUUGCCUGAGGCAACAUAUGGGACCUGUAGCCACAAAGCACAGGGCAUGCCAACUGCUGCCUGCUCAAGUCGCGCAAUGGGAUAUUUGGAGCUAGUGGAGAAAGCAAUGAAAAACGUUUUGGUCGAAUGAGUUGCAUGAUUUGCAUGAAUAGUGAAGACACUGGAGUUUGUUUCUCCCCCGCUUGGUUGGGGUCUUGGCACUUUCCAUCAGGUGUCCUUUUCCAC